CCUACGAUUUUUGUUAUUGCCUUUUCAACCGUUGAAUAAGCAUGUGCUGCAAGUGUUUUCGCGAGUAAAAAUGUUCAAAAUGUUUAAAGCACAUCGGUAACCGUUAAGUCGCCGGAAUAAAACAAAUAUUGAAACAAUCGAAUUUUUGAAUAUUUUUCACAAACCGUUUUGUGAGCGUUUUCUGUCGCACAGGCUCAAGAAGUGUGCGAGCGAGACGGUGCCAGACAGCCUUCUGUAUGUGUGCGUGCGAAAUAACGGUGCACGGAAUUCAGAUAAAAUCGCCCAAAAAUAAUAAUUGUGGUGAUUAUUAGAAUUAAAAACUGCCAACUGCAGCUAAUAAAACAACAAAAUAAAAACCGAUCGAUGUGAAGUGCAAAAACACGAAGAAAAAUACAAAUAAAAACAAAAACCGGUUCGCCUUUGCAGCAGCAAAAAUCAAAGCCAAAAAGGAAAAGAAACAAAAAUCAAAGACAGCGAAAGAAUUUUUGUUGUUUGGCCGGUGCGUGUGUGUGGGAGUGUGUCCCAGUGUGUGUGUGUGUAAGCAUCUCGGAGAAGGAGAAAAAUGCAAAAGUCAGUAGGAAAAAGGCGUACGAAAGGAAUAAGAGAGGAAAAAACGUAGUAGGAAUUUCUUAAACCCGUUUCCCAGCAAACAAAAUACAAAAAGGUGAAAAAAAAAAAAAAAAAAAAACGGCGGCCGCAAAAAGUGGCACAAGUGAAAAUUCCUGCGUUGUUCGUUUAUUAUUAUUUUUCUGUUGCCGUCUUUUUGACAAUCGCCAAAAGUGAAAAUCAAUUGGCAAGAGCGCGCGCGCAAGGAGCAAAAGGAAGAGAGACUUCGCCGGAGAGAGAGCGAGCCCAAUAUAGAAUUCGUCCUUUUUCGGGGCCCCAAAAUACCCAGCCCAAAAAAAGAGCACGAAAACUGGACGAAAAACUCCCAAAAAACAACAACAACCCACGCUGAUAAACUGCAAAAGUAAACAAAUUGCGCCGAAACUGAACGAAUUUGAGGAAAAUUGCAAACAGAGGAAAAAAGCCAUCAACCACAUGUCCGACCCUACAGUUUGAGCUGCACUGGGUUCUAAGCAACACGAGAGCAGAGCGAAAGGGAACCAUCAUGCUACAGACUCUACGAAAACCUCUGAGCGAAAUGUCCAAGCGGAACGGAUUCCAUCAGCAGAAGGCCCAAACCAGCCGACCCAUUAAAUAGAUUGCCAAUACAAAAAUUAAACAAACAUACAAAUAUUUAGAAGAGCCAAUAGAAUUAUACUUUGAAGUGCGAAAUAAGAACGCAAACAGGAAGCGGCAACGACGAGAACUCCCAAAGGAGAGGGAGCAGGUUCGUUUUUUUCGUGGAGAGAGUGAAAGAAAGCCGCCAAAAUUACGACGUACCACCCACCCACGCCCAAGGUCAAACAGAACCCGGCCAAUACGGACGCCAUGUCCGGGCCGGGGGCGUUUGACGAUGAGCCGCCGCCGGAACCGCGCGACGGAUGGCUACUGGUGCGCAUCCACGUGCCGGAGCUGAAUGUCUACAAGUGUCUGCAGUUCCCAUCGGAGCGGCUCGUCUGGGAUGUCAAACAGCAGGUGCUCGCCUCGCUGCCGAAGGUUGCCUUUUGGUUUAAGGAGCUCAAGGAGAGCUUCAACUAUGGCCUGUUUGCCCCACCCGCAAAUGGGAAGGCGGGAAAAUUCCUGGACGAAGAACGCCGCCUGGGCGAUUAUCCCUUCAACGGACCCGUGGGCUACUUGGAGCUCAAGUACAAAAGGCGAGUGUACAAAAUGCUGACCCUGGAUGAACGCCAAUUGAAGGCUCUACACACGCGUGCCAAUCUGCGGCGUUUUCUGGACUGCAUCAAUGGCGGACAUGUGGAGAAGAUAGCCAAGAUGUGUGCCAAGGGUCUGGAUCCCAAUUUCCACUGCUCGGAGAGCGGAGAUACUCCGCUGACAGUGGCCACGGGAGCCAAGAAACCGAAUAAGUUGCUUAUUGCUCUGGUCAACGGUGGUGCUCUGUUGGAUUACAGGACCAAGGAUGGAACCACUGCUCUGCAUCGAGCUGUGGAGCAUGAUUCCCUGGAGGCGGUUAGUACCCUCCUCGAACUAGGAGCCUCGCCAAACUACCGCGAUGGGCGUGGCAUCACUCCCUUGUACAUCUCCAUCACCAGGAAGUGCGAGGCCAAGAUCACGGAGAGCCUGCUGCACGACCAUGCCACGCUGGGAAUCCAGGACAGUCAGGGCUGGAACGAGGUCCAUCAGGCCUGUCGGCACGGCCUGGUGCAGCACCUGGAACACCUGCUGUUCUACGGUGCUGACAUGGACGGCCGCAAUGCGUCCGGCAAUAGUCCGCUGCAUGUGUGCGCUGUUAACAACCAAGAGGCUUGUGCUAGAAUGCUUCUCUUUCGCGGCGCCCAGCGCGGCGCCCAGAACUUUGCCAAUCAAAAUCCCUACCAGGUGGCUGUCAUUGCCGGCAACUUGGAGCUGGCUGAAAUCAUUGAAAACUACAAAUCGGAGGAUAUUGUUCCCUUCCGCGGACCGCCGCGCUACAAUCCCAAGCGCCGCUCGGGCAUCGGGUGGUUGAGCGCCAACGGAGCCGCCGGCGCAGCUCUGCUGGCAGCGGCUGGAGGUGGCUUCGGUGGUGCGAUGGUCGGCUCGAAUGGCGCCGCCAACGGAAACGGGGCUGGCGGUGUUGGUCUGAUGCUCAGCCAUCAGAACCACCAGCAGCACCUCGCCGGCCACCAUCAGCAUCAGCAGCAGCAACAGCAUCUGCACCACCAGCACCACCACCAGCAGCUGCACCAGCAGCAGCAGCUGCCCCACCUGCACACGCUGCAGCUCCACGGCCCCCCCUCGCCGUGCCCCUCGGAGCACAUGCUGGGGGCCUACAGCUCCGCCAGCUCCAGCCUCUCCGAGGGCUCCUCCGGCCACCGCUCCCACGAGGACGACAUCAGCAUUGUGACAGACAAAUCCCUGGGCGACACCAGCGACAUAAUCAGCGAUUCGUCGGGCGUGGGAACCAACUCGGACUCGGCAGCCUGUUCCAUCGGGCACCCCAGCACCACGGUGGUGUGCAUGGAGCCAUAUGUGGGCAACACCGUGGGCCACAUUCGCCUCCAGCCCGGCGAUGUGAUCGAGGUGGUGGGCAGCACCGACUGCGGCCUGCUCGAGGGCUAUGUGCGCGGCACCAAUCAGUCCGGCUUCUUUCCGGCCGACUGCGUCCAGGAGGUGAGUCUGCGCCAGAAGCACAUCACCAACGUGAUGACCGCCAGCACGGGCAUGGCUCCCCAGCAGCAGCAGCAUCUGCAGCAGGCACCAGCUUCCUCGGCCGCCUCCUUCCAGGGAUCCCCACAGUUGAGUUUGGGCGGACACUCCGGCAGUUCCAGCACUCUGCUCCAGCAACCCCACCAGUCGCCGUCGCUCUCGGUGGCCAGCAACGGAUCCUGCCAGCAGCCGGGCGAGAGCAACGGAGGAGGAGCUCCUGGUAAUGGCAUGAACAACAGGAGUAACAAUCACUCCAUGGGACAGUACAGCAGCGCCACUGCACCGCGCAUCAAGAAGAGCGCCUACAACGCCCCACGUUCAGUGGUGCUCCAUCGGGCCAAGCGUGGCUUCGGUUUCAUCCUGCGUGGUGCCAAGGCCAGUUCCCAGCUGAUGCAGCUGCGUCCCUCGGAGCGCUUUCCGGCGCUCCAGUACCUGGACGAUGUGGAUCCAGGUGGAGUGGCGGACAUGGCGGGACUUCGUCCAGGUGACUUCCUGCUGACGAUCAACGGCGAGGACGUGACCUCCGCCUCGCACGAGCAGGUGGUCGAGAUGAUCCGCUCGGCGGGUGCUCUGGUCAACUUGACUGUGGUCUCCCCCCAGUUUCCCCACCAGAUGCAGGCCAGUGCUCAGUACCUGCCGAGUGGAGCUCGGGCGGGUAGCCAGCACUUGAACAGUGGGCCGAGUACUCCGCAGAGCUCGCACCGUCAGUGCGCCACGUUGCCCAGGAAGAUGACGGGUCCAGGUGGAUCUGGGGCAUCCUCCUCCGGCGGCAGCGUGCGAAUGGCUCCGAUGCCACCACGCAGGGAUCCGAAGACCACUUUGAGUGUGGGCAGAGCCAGGGCCAAGUCCAUGGUGGCUGGUCUGGAGAACGGAGGCGAGAAGGAGGACGAAUUGCCACACACAAAAUCCAACUCGGUGGAGUCGAUUGCCACACCCACACCGAGUGGUAUCCAAACGGGACCUGGAACUCCCGUUCAGCUGCGUACGGCCAGCAUCAAGGCACGGCCCACUUCCAGUAGGAUCACGGCUGCGGAGUUGGAGGAGCUCUUCCAGCGGCAGCAAGGCGAGGGCAGUGCGGCGAACGCCAGCCGUUAUGCCACCAUGAUGACCAGCUCCCGUUUCCAGUCGGGCACGGACAGUGGAGCAGCCACUCCGCCCGCCUCCAAUGGUUCGCCCAUGAGGAGUGGCCCCCUGGUCUACGGCAGUGUGGCGGAGAUGAAACGCAAGACGGCGAGGAGCAAGCAUGGCACUGGCACCCUUCGUGGCAAGCCCGUGGCCACGCCCACUGUGGGAGCGGGCGGAGCAGGAGGCGGUCGCGACCUCAAGCGGUUCCAUUCCACACCCGAUUUGCACGGUCCUCAGCUGCACGGCUCUGCUUCAUCCAUUUGGCAGGCGGCUGGCAAGGGUCACCACUCGCAGGACGAUGUGGCCACGCUGCAUGCCUCACUGCAACGCUUGAACUCCAACCAAGGAGAGCUCAAACUGGGAGGAGCAGGAGCGGUGCUUCCCCCGCCCAAUCACCCACCACCACCACCGCCAGUGGGUCAAGUGGUCAAGGUGGAGACACGCAGCAGUGUUUCGGAGUACGAGAGCACCAUCUCCUUGCAGCAGAAGCUGAAGAAGCGUACGGAGAACGAUGCGGUGACCAGUGCCGCCAUCGAUGGCGUCCAGAGCAGCUUCAAUCCCUCGGCAAAUGCCAAGAUCUAUGCCUCGCCGCAAGAGCUACGCAACGUGAUGGCCUGGAAGUUGCGACAGGCGCAGGAGAAACCAUCGCAGGAGACAUCCGCUGGCAGCCAGCAACCAGUCAGUCAGUAUGCUGCUCCUACGCAGAUACGUCCAACUCAACAACAACAACAGCAGCAACAGCAGCAGCAGCAACAACCGCAACAGCCAGCCACAGUAUUGGCCUCUCACUAUGCCGCUCCUCAAGUGCAGGUGCAAGUGCAACAGGUGCAGCAGCAACCACAGCAGCCUGCACCUCAAUCCCCGCCUGCACCACCGCCGCCACAGGCAGCACCAGCUCCAGUACAGAAUGGCAAUGGAAAUGGCAGUACAAGUGUAGCUGGCACGGCACCUCCGAUCCCCGAACCGGACUACAGCUGCAGCGAGUCAGAUGGCGAGGAUGAGAACUCUAUUUUGGUGGCACGGAACACGAAGCUCAACGAGAAGAUUGCACUGUUCGAUGUGCCCGAAACAAGUGGAAAUAGUCAGGCUAGUGGAAGCAGUUCCAACUCGGGAAGUGCCUCCAUUUCCCAUUCACUCUCCGUGGAGGAGAUCCAGCGCAUUCGCAGCAAUCUCAAGACGUCAAAGUCGUCGCCAAAUGGUUUUGCCAAGAAGCCAGAGGAGGAGAAACCACAGGAGCAGCAGCAGCAGCAAUCCCACCAGCCACCGCAGCAACAUUUGCAGCCAGGCGAAGAUGAGUGCGACAACAGUAGCUCCGGUGUGAGCAGCGAGCAGGAACAAGUGGCAUUGGCCACAGGUGUGACACUGGCAGUGGGUGGAAAGCCCACCGAUACCAUCAAGAAGAAGCCAUCGGUGACCAUUGUGGAGGAGCCCAAGACCAUUCCCGACCAGCCCAUUAGCAACACCAGCCACACCACCAAACCAAUGGCCAAGACCACAAUCAGCAUAGGCGGCGGAGCAAGUGCAGCACCCACUCCCACACUCACGGUGAAGCAACUUGUGCAGCAGCAACAUGCACCCGCUAUCCAACAGCAGCAGCAGCAACUGGGCAGCAAACAACCGCAACAAGUGUCUGUCGCCAACAGCAACAAGUUCUUGCAACAGAGCAACAUCAACAGCAAUGUGAUGAGCCCCCAGGUUUUGGGACGCAUCCCCAACGUGCAUCAUCAUCAGCAGCAGUCGAAUCCCAACCAGAAGCUGAUCGCCACCCAGCAACAGAUCCUGCAGCAGCAGCAACAGCAGAUGGCCCACCAGCAACACCUGCAACAGAUCCUCAAGGCGAAGGCCGCCGCGGCCGGAGGAGCUAGCAACACUGCCGCCUUGGUGGCCAAGCAUCAGCAGAAACUGCACAAGGGCACCAGCAGUGGCCAUGAAUCUGAGAUGGAGACGCGUUCCGAUCUGGAGGAUGAUGACGGAGAUCUGAGUCCCUCGCCGCCGGCCAAGGCUUUCCAGCGUCAUAAUUCGCUAACCCGCAAACAGGCGGCGGCAAUUGCCAUGCAAAGGGGAGCCACUCGGACCACGGCGGUAUCCCUGAUGCAACUCCCGCCGCCCCUGGAGGCGGAUAGCGAUGGCGAGCCCUCGCAGCUCACGCUCCAGCGCCAGCAGGCCCAUCACCCGUCACAGACCCACCCACAUCCCCACCAGCAGCUGCAGCAACUGCAACAGCAGCAACUUCAGCAGCAGCAGCAGCAACAACUGCAACAGCAGCAGCAGCAACAGCCGAUGGCCGCCCACAUUGUGGGCAUGCUGCCCAGCGGACAGCUGGUGGCUGUUGCCUCUGGCGCUGUUGCUGGCGUUCCGGGCGUUGGGGCGGCUGCGGUGCAGCCGGGCAACAACAAUCUGCAGCAGCUGUGCACCGAUAAUCUGGUGCUGGCGCCACCGCCGCAGUUCUGCGAUUGCAACGAUGCCAAGCACGCGCCGCAGCCGCAUCUGCCAACGAGCCAAUAUCAUCCACAGCAGCAACAGCAACAGCAGCAGCAGCAACAGCAGCAGCAGCAGCAACUGCAGCAGCAACAGCAGCAACAACUGCAACAGCAACUGCAGCAGCAACAGAUGCUGCAGAUGCACCAGCGGCUGUCCGGCGGUGCUGGCGCUGGAGCUGUGGGCACCUUGGGAAGGGUCCGCAUCGUGGGGUCCAUGCCCAAGGCCAACCACCAUAGGUUGCACUAAACUAAGCCUGGGGAAUCAAAUCAACCGUUUGCCAAAUCGUUACAUCGUUAGUUAGUGUUAGUCAACAGUCAUUACCACUCACAACGAAUAACUGCAACUGCCUGCACCCGAAACAAUUCAGACACAAUUCAGAGAAAUCUGAUGUAUGGCAAGAGGAUGUUCGAACUGCAAUUUGUUUGAUUUCGAAACCUUUAAUUACUUUUAUUAUAUUUAUUGCGUGUGAUAUAAAUUUAUGUAGGCUGCCCGCGAGCAGCAACUAAUCGCUAUUUGUAAUCGAACAGCAAGAAUGUAUGCAAUAUUUUAUGAUUAGUUAACCGAUCCCCAACACCCCCUACUAUUGAAAACAAACUGAAAGGCAAUCGCCAGAGUUUCAUUCUAGAAUUUGUUCUUUUAGUUUGCUUUCGAGCUGCACAAUGUGUCAAAUGUCAAUGUGGAAUUCGGUCCACAUCCGAUCUUAGUUCGUAAUGUUGAAAGGGCGCAAGCGCCAGGCAAGUUCAUUUAUUCAGUAUCCAUCCAUUGAUCAUUCGUGUUCGUGUUCGACUAGUGCACAAAACAUUUAAACGACAUUAACAUUACUCUAAUACACAACUAGCGUAGGUUUUAUAUGCCUAAAGAAAGCAGGGAGGCGGAAUUUGCACCGAGUAACAAUAAUAUUUGAAUUUGAGCAUUUAGCCGAAUUUCCAGUCAAGUCAAGUCAACUAAACUAAACUAACAAAUACUAAAUGAAUAAAACGUAUAAUGUUUUUAAAUAAAAUAUUUAUAAAACAAAUAUUUCAAUAGGCGGACAAAUUUAUAAUCGAAAAGAAAAACAAGAAGAAAAAAAAUCGAAAUUGAAAACAAAACGUAAAUUUUUGCUAGUAAAAUUUACAGAUUUUUACUUUUAACAGAUUUUUUGUAUAAUUGUUUUUUUAGACAAAAACUUUAACUUGCCAGAGUAUUACAGGAGGAGAUCUAAGAUGAAGAAGUAACGUAUAUUGUAUUGAAAGAGGUUCUCAAAUAUUUGCCAGCGCUUAAUGCAAAUAUCGUCAUAGGCAACCCAAACUUAUAAAUGCGUUUUCACGAGUAACAAUUAUUAUAACUAAGGCUGAUUUUAUUGCAUAAUACAUACAGAACACAGAAGAUAUCGAAACAGCAUUCGCCUACAUACUGAAUGAAUUAUAAUGGAGAAAGCAACUAACCACGCAAGCGAUUGAUGCAUUUACAUUGUUUAAACAAAAACUUUUUGAGGUAUUGCAAGAAUUGGAUGGAAAUAUAAUGAAAUCGUUCGAAUUGGCAGGCCGCACCUUUAGCACUAGCAUCUAAGUGUUGAAAAGUUAGAAAACCUAAAACUAAACCAUAAACAUUAACAUACGAGUAAAUAUUGGAAAAUUUAGCAUCUAAUUAGGUUUUAGCACACACUUUUUAGUUCUCGCAAUAGUUGCUAAUUAUUUGUAAAUUGUUUUAGUUCCACCACACCCCACACCCCAAGCAUACAUGUACACAACUAUGAUUAGCCAUCAAGCUUGUUAAUUUUUAAGUUAAACCGCCUAGUUAAUCCACGUGGAGUGCUCAGUUAAGUCCAACACACAUGUAAACCUACUUGCAGUUACCAAUAUGGGUUCAUUACAUAUAGCUGCAAUUACGAAUGUGUUGCAAACGCUAAAUAGGAGGAUUUCUGAAUAUGCGUAUACCCCAUGAUAAUGUUAAACGAUUAAAGCUCACACCCCACACAUACCCUUUAAAUGCAAGUAUUUCAAAUGGAAUAAUAUGGAAAUAUUUAUCAUAAGUCGUAAAAUAUGCAAUUAUGUAUUAUGAACAUGCGUAUGAAAAAUCAAUAAAUAUGAAUGAAAACUAUA